AAGCUCACCUUCUUUUACUAUUAAUUGAUUGGUUACUGUUUAGAUAAGACCUUUACGGUCCGAUUAUAGCAUAACUACUGUACUACCGGCAACAUGUUCCACCUGACUCGCAACAACAUCCCAUUCUUUCUGCCAUUAGGAUUCGUUGGUUUAUAUCGCUGGUUCUGGUUUUUUGUUAGAAUUCUUGCCUAUUGUCUAUAUAAACCGCUGAAACCCAGAAAACAUCCCAGGUACAAAUCAUACAGAGAUGUCACCAUUUUAGUGCCUACCAUUGACUCGGGCGAGGAAAUUAAGAUGGCUCUAAAGUCAUGGCUGCUGAACCGUCCUGCGGAGGUUAUUUUCAUUACUAUUCCAAAAGCACUUGCUGCACUCGAGGCCCUAGCUCACGAGGUAGAUCCGGAGGGCCGUCAUGUUCGUGUUAUUACUGUCAAGAAGGGAAACAAGCGCAACCAGAUGGUGGCUGGUAUCAACCAGGUUCGAACGGAAAUCAUUGUAUUCUGUGACGAUGAUGUUGUUUGGCCAGAGACCAUGCUGGAUUACCUGCUAGCCCCCUUCGAGGAUCGUCAAAUGGGGGGUGUUGGUACUUCGCAAACCGUCAUUACAAAAAACAAACGCAUGACCAUUUGGGAAAUUCUCGCUGCCUAUCGUAUUACCAUGCGUAACAUUGAAGUUACUUCUUCUACAUAUAUUGAUGGUGGUGUUUGCUGCCUGUCUGGUCGUACUGCCACCUAUCGCACUGCUAUUCUUCGCGACCCUGAUUUUCAGAAGGAAUUUACAAACGAGUUUUGGCGUGGAAAGUAUCACCAACACUCUGGCGAUGACAAGUUUUUGACUCGCUGGAUGCAUUCUCACUCUUGGAAGACAUUCAUUCAAGCCUGUCCCGAGGCCGAGCUUGCUUCUACUUUCAAAGACAAUUGGCACUUUUUAAAGCAACUGCUGAGAUGGACACGUAAUACUUGGCGAUCGGAUAUCCGCUCCGUGAUUUUUGAACGAUAUGUCUGGACCCGCCAUCCAUUUGUUGCUUUUUCUAUGGUAGACAAAUUUUUUAAUCCCAUUACUCUUAUUGCUGGACCUGUGACCGUUGCCUUUUUAGCUACUCGGCCUGAUACAACAAUUCCUCCAUGGGCGAUUGUUGUCAGCUAUAUUGUUUGGUUACUAGUGACUCGUCUCAUCAAGUACAUGCCUCACUUCAUUCGCAGACCACAAGAUGUGCUUGCCAUUCCUGUAUGGCUUGUUUUCAACAUGGCCUUUAUGUUUAUGAAAGUGUAUUGUCUAUUUACUCUGUAUGUUACUGACUGGGGUACACGUGCUGGUGCUGAUCACAAGAAACCUGAAACGGAAGAAGAAAUAGCUAAAUUGGCUGCCGAGAAGGACAUUAGCGAAAUUUAUAUUCCAUACUGGUCAAUGGACUUGGAUGAGUGGCCAUACUAUCCUCGCACAUGGGUUGGAACCGAGCAUCCCAGAUACAAGUCCAGAAAUGUUUUAGAACCUUUUGAGGGCGAGGAACCCGACAAACCUGCAGAGCAAUACAAUGUUUCGCGGAGUACCGCUUUUGAAUCAGGUCAAACCCUUAGUUUAGCUGAUGUACAGGACAUUAUUGUUCCUGCUCCACAAUCUCAAAUAGAUGGUACUCAGCCAUUAGACUCUACAGCUUCAACUCAACAGGAAGCUGUUAUUCCAAUACCUAGUCAUAUGCUCAGCCCGCCUACUUUGACAAACCCAUCUGAUUUUGCCACAUCAAGAAGUGGUGCAUAUGAUAUCGAGUCGCGCGGGGAACAGAGCCAGGUGGCAGCUGGUCAGCCGUACGUGGUGGUUCAAGGGUCAAAAAACUUGAAAAGCACUGAAGCAAAUACAGAUGCACGAGUAUAAAAUAUGACAACACUGCCACUAUACUUGUAUUUGCUAAUACCAACUGUCUGUCUACUGUCUCUCCUAUAUUUUUCACUUUAUUACACACCAUGACAUUUUCCAUAAUUUGUUUUUGAAAAUGUAGAGGCCAUGACAGGCUUUGGAUGCAAUUUCUCUGUCAUUGCUAUGCUACUCACUUUUUGAUUCAGAUCUAUGCUAUUGCUAGAAAAUGAAUCUCCAUUACUUUCUUUUCAAGCUCGACUCUUAUUUUUCAUUAAAAUCCUUUGUUCAUCUG